ACCGAGGAGAAGCCCGACCCAUAGGCUGGUCCCUUUCUAAAGUCAACUAACUCUCACCCUUUGACUUGUGGCCCUGAGUUGUGCUGAGCUGGCUGCAGAAACUCUCAACAGCACUUGGGACAUUGCACUGGACUUAACAGGGCUGCAGCCUCCAGAAAUCAUGCCCUCGGUGGAUGACAUUUUAGAGCACAUAGGAGAAUUCCACUUUUUCCAGAAGCAAACAUUUUUCCUCUUAGCUUUUUUCUCAGCCGCCUUCACCCCCAUCUAUGUGGGCAUCGUCUUCCUGGGCUUCACCCCCAACCACCGCUGCUGGAGCCCUGGGGUGGCUGAGCUGAGCCAGAGAUGUGGCUGGAGCCUGGCUGAGGAGCUCAACUACACAGUGCCAGGCCUGGGGGCUGUGGACAAAGCCUUCCUUCGCCAGUGCAUGCAGUACGAGGUGGACUGGAACCAGAGCACCCUCAGCUGCACGGACCCUCUGUCCAGCCUGUCUGACAACAGGAGUCGCCUGUCACUGGUCCCCUGUCAGCACGGCUGGGUUUAUGACAUGCCUGGCUCCUCCAUCGUCACCGAGUUCAACCUAGUGUGUGCCAACUCCUGGAUGCUGGACCUGUUUCAGUCAGCUGUGAAUGUAGGGUUUUUUAUUGGUGCUGUGGGCAUCGGCUACCUAGCAGACAGGUUUGGCCGUAAAAUCUGCCUCUUCAUAACAAUUCUCAUAAAUGCAUCAUCUGGGGUUCUCAUGGCCAUUUCCCCAAACUAUACAUGGAUGUUAUUAUUUCGCUUGAUCCAAGGACUGGUCAGCAAAGCAGGCUGGUUAAUCAGCUACAUCCUGAUUACAGAAUUUGUUGGGCUGAGCUAUCGGAGAACAGUGGGGAUUUUUUACCAAGCCUCCUUUACCAUUGGGCUCCUGGUGCUAGCAGGGGUGGCAUAUGCCCUUCCUCACUGGAGGUGGCUGCAGCUUGCUGUCACUCUGCCCAACUUCUGCUUCCUGCUCUAUUACUGGUGCAUCCCUGAGUCUCCAAGGUGGUUGAUCUCCCAGAACAAAACCGGGAAAGCCAUGAGGAUCAUUAAGCACAUCGCUAAGAAAAAUGGAAAAUCAAUGCCAGCCUCUGUACAGAGCAUCAGAGCAGAUGAGGAAGCUGUUGAAAAGUUGAACCCUUCAUUUCUUGACUUGGUCAGAACCCCUCAGAUAAGGAAACACACUUUGAUUUUGAUGUACAACUGGUUCACGAGCUCUGUUCUCUACCAGGGCCUUAUCAUGCACAUGGGCCUUGCAGGGGGCAAUGUCUACCUGGAUUUCUUCUAUUCUGCCUUGGUUGAAUUCCCAGCAGCCUUCAUCAUCAUCUUCACCAUUGACCGCAUUGGUCGCCGUUAUCCUUGGGCUGUGGCAAAUAUGGUGGCAGGGGUGGCCUGUCUAGCUUCCGUUUUUGUCCCUGAUGAUCUACACUGGCUAAAAGUCACCAUCGCAUGCUUAGGUAGGAUGGGGAUCACGAUGGCCUAUGAAAUAGUUUGCCUAGUCAAUGCUGAACUGUACCCCACAUUCAUCAGGAAUCUCGGUGUACUUGUCUGUUCCUCGAUGUGUGACAUUGGUGGCAUCCUCACGCCUUUCCUGGUCUACCGUCUCACGGAUGUCUGGCUGGAACUCCCACUCCUGGUGUUCGCCGUGGUUGGCUUGGUGGCCGGAGGACUAGUGUUGUUGCUCCCAGAGACCAAAGGAAAGGCUCUGCCAGAGACCAUUGAGGACGCUGAAACCAUGCAGAGACCAAGAAAAUAUAAAGAAAAUAUGAUUUACCUCCAAGUCCAGAAACCAGACAUUCCACUAAACUAAAGAAGGACCAUGACUUCUGCUAUAAUCUUGCUUUGAUGCUGACAAGACAAGAAGCAGAGAUUUCUUCACGCAUCACAAAGCCCAUGCAAUUUAACCAUACUUACCCUUCAGCUCUCUCAGCCUAAAGCAACAGCCAGUGGAGUUUGCUGCACUGCUCUAUAAAAAUCACUCUGCUGACUGGAUCCUGUCUGUCAAGCCCUUCCAGUUCAUGCCGUCCUCAGAACUCCAAGAUUGUUGGUUUGCUUCAAUUUUUUUCCCAUAUUUGUAUUUCUUUAUUUGGUUCCUUUCCAACAAUGACAACGAGCCAGAAUACAUAGUGGAACUGUGGGUGAGGGAAACCAAAUAGAAAGAUCUGAAAAAAUAAAUAAACAAAUAAAGUUAGGAGAAGAGAGUCUAUUUUCUUGAUAAAAUAAAGACCCAAAGCAAUAUCAUAUUGUCCAGAAUAUGUAUCAAGACCUCUGAAUAAGGUCUUUCAGUGAUAGGUGAAUAAAUUUUAUAUACAUUGAUCAUUAUGAGUUAGACUUGAAAGGAAUGUCAAAUAAAAGAAUUAGAGUACAACAUGAGCAAUCAUAAAGUCCUAUAUUUGGAUGGAUAACUACAAAUGUGUGCUUUCUAUAAAAGAUCUUGAGAAAAGUUAAACAAAAAACAUUGUUGGCAUUAUUAAAGCACAGGCAGCAAUUUUUUCACUAAAGUA